AUGCCAAGUACAGUGGAGGUAACAUAUUUGAUCUUGAUUGCUGGUGAAUUGACUGUAGGAAUUUGGGGCAAUGGAUUUAUUGUACUGGUUAACUGCACUGGUUGGCUCCAAAGGAAAGAUGUCUCCAUGAUUGACAUCAUCCUGGUGAGCUUAGCCACUUCCAGAAUCUGUUUGUUGUGUGUGAUAUCUAUAGAUGGCUUUCUUUUGCUGCUUUCUCCACCCGAGUAUGUUCGGAGCAAGAUGAUCAGCAUUGUGGAUGCUUUCUGGACACUGAGCAAUCAUUCAAGUGUCUGGCUCACGGCCUGCCUCAGCAUUUUCUAUUUACUUAAGAUAGCCAACAUAUCCCACCCGUUCUUCCUCUGGCUGAAGCUAAAAGUUAACAGAAUCAUCUUGGGGCUUUUUCUGACAUCCUUCCUCACCUCCAUCAUUAUUAGUGUUUUUUUGAAAGAGUUCUCCUGGGAGCACCUCAACAUCAAUCCUAAGGAAAACAGAACUUGGGAAUUCAAAUUGAGAAACCCCCCAAGCAAUUUCAAAGUGAUUAUGCUGAACCUGUGGGCUCUGGUCCCCUUUGCUCUUUGCCUAAUCUCAUUUCUCUUGUUACUUGUCUCCCUAUUUAGACAUAUUAAGCAGAUGAAACUUUAUGCCACAGGGCCCAGGGACUCCAGCACAGAGGCACACAUGAAGGCCAUAAAGGCAGUGGUCAUCUUUGCGCUCCUCUUCAUUAUGUAUUAUGCAGUUUUUCUUAUAGUCACUUCCAGCUUCCUGAUUCCUCAGGGGAAAUUCGUGCUGAUGUUUGGUGGUAUUGUAGCCCUCCUUUUCCCAUCAAGCCAUGCAUUCAUCCUGAUAAUGGGGAACAGCAAGCUGAGGGAGGCCUUGCUGAAGGUGCUAAGGUGUUUGAAGGGCUUCCACCAAAGAAGGAGACCUCUUGUUCCACAGAUAUUCCUAAAUGCAAAGAGAAAGAAAUUAACACAAGAUGGUCUCCCUUCUCCAGGGUGA